AUGGCAUUCCUCCUUGUGAAGGCUCUCGAACUCGGCUACAACCGCCACAAAAAGAACAAGGCCUCAAAAAAGCAAAAAGAAGCCGAACUCUACGGCCAACAACCCCCCUUCUCAAACGCCCAAUACCCGCAAGAGCCAUACCCAAUGUCCUCAUAUCCCCACGGCGUCGCACCGGGCACCGAUAUGCGCUACCCACCCCCAAACAGCGCACCGCAAAGCAAACGCGCCAAACUCGCCGAGAUGCUCAUGUCAGUCCUGCGCUUCUUCCAAUUCGUCUUCGGCCUCACUGUCAUCGGCCUCUACGGUAAAGACAUCCACCACGACCACGAAGACAAGCACGAGUGGAAUUCGAAGUGGGUGUAUGCCGUCAUCACCGCGUUCCUGGCCACCAUCACCGCAGUUGUGCACAUGGUCAUUCCGUUCCUGAUGCGGCGCACGGCUCGGGCAUAUACGCCCAUACCCGCGCUACAGUUGCCGCAGUUUGUCUGGGAAUUUGUCCUGUGUGUGCUGUGGCUGACGCUUUUCGGAAUCUUUGGGAAAUUGUAUAUUGGGGUUCAUGCGGUUAGUGGGUCGAAGGCGCAAGAGGCUGCUUUGGGGGAUGCUUCGAAGAUUAAUCGUAUGCGGCAUGCUUGUUGGAUCGAUUUGAUUAAUUUGCUUAUGUGGGUUGCUACUUCGUCGUGGGUUCUGCUUAAGUGGUUGAAGGCGAGGCGGGAUGGUGCUGCUGCUACUGCUGUUGAUACUGAGAAGGCGGAGGAGGGGGUUUCUUUCUAG